AUGUUCCACGGGCAAACUGGUUCCGCCCGGGAUUGGAGGUUUAGAAGGCCUUCAAGGUUCCCUGCUCGUGUAGUGCCAAGACCUGGUUACGUUUCAAGACCUACAACAUUUGCACCAAGACCUGAAAUAACAAGUGAGGUGCGACCACAUGUAACCGUUUCUACUACGCAUUGGCCAUCAUCCACUUAUUCUCCACCUAUACGCGGUCCUUCAUUCAACAGGCGACCUAACAUUGUAUGGUCUAGACCAUUCAUAGCCAGCUCCCCAAAACCGAAACCAGCCGUCACCGUCGUAGUUCUUCCUGGUUCUCAUUCCCAUGUACUGCCCACAUCACCCCGACCAUAUUAUGUAUACCCCGAAAAGCCGACUUCAAAACCCGCUGAUAUUCCACUUGCGCCCGAAUCGGACCUAUUAUAUUCAAAACCCGAAUCUCAACCACUCAAUGAACCUGAUGUAUCAUCCAGUUCUAAGCCGAUAAGUGGUAAUUUUGAGCCAGAAAUCAAACCUUCUCCAAAACCCUCUAUUGAAGUUGAACCUGUAUCACAACCUCUUAAGCCUGAAAAUGUGGUCUCACGUGUUCCUGAGUCACAACCUGAAGUCAAACCUGAAUCACAACCCAAACCUCAUGUUGAAAAUGAAACACCUAGCCCAGAACCUCAGGUGAAACCAAGACCUGAACUAGAAGAAGAACCGAGGCUGAAACCUCAGAUAGCACCUAGGCCUGAACCACAAGUGGAACCUAAACCGGAACCACAAGUGGUACCUAUACCAGAACCACAAUUGGAACCUAAACCGGAACCACAAGUGGUACCUAUACCAGAACCACAAGUGGUACCUAUACCAGAACCACAAUUGAAACCUACACCAGAACCAGAAGUGGAACCUGAACCCGAACCACAAGUGGAACCUAAACCUGAACCCGAAUCUUCAUCUGAGCCCAUACCGGAAGUUACUUCUGAACGAUUUGAUGAAGUUGGACUUUCUGGGCCCGAAGCAUCUCCGGCUCCAGAGUUACCACCCGGAGUUUCACCAUCUUCAAAACCUGCUUUAGAAUCAGAAUCCUCAUUCAAACCUUCAAUUGAACCAAUCCCAGUAUCUGUAGUGCCGGCAGAAAUGUCUUCUACACCUUAUGCUGAAGUUCCAUCCGAGCCUUCUCGUCAAUCUUCAACGCCAAGCCCAUUUCCACUUACACCAGAAGCAUCAUCGGAGGGCGAGUUAUUAGAUCACUCAGAAGUUCCGUCUAACCAAAUACGACUUAAAUAUAUACCUGGCAUUGGUAAUUCACGUAAUCCUAUUUCAGCCACCUGGUCAAAGCCUAGUUGGUUCCCUAAGCCUUCUAAGAAACCAGAACAUCCAAAUCCCUGGAAACCAACCCCAAUCCCAAUAUUCCAUCUACCCUCGAGAAUAAGUACCAUUCAGCCACAACCAAAAGCUACUCCACAAAAGCCAGUCUAUGUCCCUGCACGACCUGUACCAACAGCAAGAACACCAAGCGAUGCUUUUGACGUAAUGGCCUUGAUGGAUUAUCAAUGUCAUGAGCCUUAUGGCUACUUUGCAGUACCAACAGAGUGCGAUGCUUUCAUAGAAUGCAAUUCCAAUAGAGCAAGACAAACUAAUUGCCCGGAUGGACUUCACUUUAAUCCUAAAGCUGUAUGGCCAGAAUAUCCAUGUGCUUAUCCGUCAGAAGUUCAAUGUGCCGCUCAUUAUGCGAAACAGGAUCCAAAGCCCACAGCAGAGUGUCCGCGACAAUACGGCUAUUUUGCUUCUCCAUCUGGUGAUUGCGGCCAAUAUAUCAUGUGUCUAGAAGGCAAAGCUACCAAAAUGUCCUGUCCUCCUGGCCUUGCAUUCAAUUUAAAAACAACUGCUUGCGACUGGCCUGCAAAUGUCCCAUCAUGCAACCCUGUUGUUUUUAGAGGCUUUACGUGCCCCGUGCCAGACAUCGGAGAAAAUGGAAAACCUUCCGAUCUGAUUUAUAAAUACAGAUAUGGAAAAAGUUGCAAAAAAUACAUAGCGUGUCAACGAGGAAGUCCACGUCUUCUAAGCUGUGACGAAGGACUUUCUUACGAUGAAGCAUCUCAAAGUUGUAUAGAUGACGAAUUUGUUAAAGAUUGCUCUUAAUAAAAUGUUAUUUUAUAAAUAAUGACGAAUAUUACAAAAAAAUUGUGUAAUAGUUGGAAAUAAAAUAAAAUCGAUUAAAUUUA